AUGUCCCCGCGCGGCGAGAAACUCCUCAAAAGACGUCCUCGCGCUACAUCUCUCCGUCGUAUAGAGACUGACAAAGGUCAUCAUCUAACAGGGCCUUUCAUGGUCCAAACACCUGUGGGGUCCAAUACACCAGAGUCUUGUAACUCCCCCGUCUCCGCAGCGAACCGUAGUUUCUUCGCCAUGAAACCGAAAACAGGUCUGGUCGCAGAUCUCCUGAGCGCCAGAUGGGUUGUAAAUCCAGUCUCGUCCUUCAAGAUGCUUAUGAUACCUGUCUUACUGUACAUCAAUUGGGAAUUAUUGGCUCCAUACGUUGCUCCAGAUCUUCCCAACCCAAUCGCCCCUCUUCUCUUUAUAUCCUACCCAAUUGCCGAUUCCUCUCCCGACGACCCACGCUAUGCUAAAGGCUACCUUGAUCUGGCUUUUCUUGCAUUUCACAUUGUUUUCUACUCCUUCGUCCGCCAAUUCGUUACCAUCAUCAUUUGUCAUCCCAUCGCUCGCUACUUCGGCAUAAAGAAGCGAGCAAAACUCGACAGGUUCGGUGAACAAGGCUAUGCUCUUGUUUACUUUGCCGUCAUGGGUGCUUGGGGCUACCGCGUCAUGGGUCAACUUCCCACAUGGUGGUAUCGCACCGAAUACUUUUGGAUCGGAUACCCUCAUUGGCAGAUGAAGCCUGAACUCAAACGUUACUUCCUUAUGCAUGCGUCUUACUGGUGUCAGCAGCUCAUCGUGCUGCUACUACGCCUUGAGAAACCACGCAAGGACUACAACGAGCUUAUCAUGCAUCACUUCGUUACCCUAUGGCUAGUUGGAUGGGGAUAUCUCAUUAAUUUGACAUUUAUCGGAAAUGCUAUCUAUAUGAGUAUGGAUAUACCAGACGCUUUCCUGGCUUUCUCCAAGCUGCUCAACUACAUGGGAUGGCACAGACUCAAAGUCGCCUCCCUUGCAGUUUUCCUCGUCGCGUGGACCUAUUUCCGGCAUUGGUUGAACCUCGUCAUCCUCUGGUCUGUAUGGUUCGAGUUCGAUCUUAUCGACGAGAGUAAUCGUGUCUGGGCCCCUAAAACUGGCGCAUGGCUCACAUGGUGGAUGAAAUACCAGAUGGUCUUUCCCAUCUCUCUCCUCCAGAUGCUCAAUAUUUUCUGGUACUAUCUUAUCUGGCGCAUCGUGAUAAGAUCAUUGAGGGAUGUCGAAGUUACGGAUGUCCGAUCUGACGACGAGGAUGACGAUGACGAUGACGACAAAGAGGACGACAAAGAGGACUAG